AGUUAAUAUAAUUUGAACAAACAAAUAAGUUUUUCUUGUUCCUCGUAAUCAUUAGCUCUCUCUCGUGUCAGAGUCCUGUCCUGCUGCCUGAGUCCACUCCUCUCUUUCUUUCUAAAUGCGCAAAAACAAGAACCAUCACAACCAAGAACAGCUCCUUAACACUCUUCAAGAUACACAAGAAAAACCCUCAAAACAUGGGGGGUUCACGGCCCCCUUUCAUCAUCACUAUAUUACUGCUUCUAUUACUUCUAUUAUUAUUCAUGUCUGUGUCGGUGGUUUACUGCGCUAGUCUUCUUCAACUGGAGAGGGCUUUUCCUUUAAACAAUCACGGUCUUGAACUCUCCCAACUUAGAGCUCGAGACCGACUCAGACAUACCCGUCUUUUACAAGGCUUUGUUGGUGGCGUUGUCGACUUCUCUGUUCAAGGUUCCCCCGAUCCUUACCUCGUUGGGGUCACCGGAGCUUCAGAGCCCUUACUUUAUUUUACAAAAGUGAAAUUGGGCUCUCCUCCUAGAGAAUUCAAUGUGCAGAUUGAUACCGGAAGUGAUGUCUUGUGGGUGUGCUGCAAUUCCUGCAAUAAUUGCCCACGUACCAGUGGCCUUGGAAUUCAGCUCAAUUUCUUUGAUUCCAGCAGCUCAUCAACUGCAGGGCAGGUCCACUGUUCAGACCCAAUUUGUACUUCAGCGGUUCAAACAACAGUAACUCAAUGCUCUCCUCAGACUAAUCAAUGCAGUUACACAUUCCAAUAUGAAGAUGGAAGUGGGACAUCAGGCUAUUAUGUGUCCGAUACACUUUAUUUUGAUGCUAUUUUUGGGGAGUCAUUAGUCGUUAACUCUUCAGCUCUCAUUGUCUUUGGGUGCAGUACCUACCAGUCUGGGGACCUGACUAUGACUGAUAAAGCAGUUGAUGGGAUUUUUGGAUUUGGCCAGGGGGAACUCUCUGUUAUAUCACAAUUGUCAACCCACGGGAUAACACCCAGAGUGUUCUCUCAUUGCUUGAAAGGAGAGGGCAUUGGAGGUGGCAUACUGGUUCUUGGUGAGAUUCUGGAGCCAGGCAUGGUUUAUAGUCCACUUGUCCCAUCACAGCCUCAUUAUAAUUUAAAUCUACAAACCAUUGCUGUUAAUGGUAAAUUGUUACCAAUUGAUCCAUCAGUGUUUGCAACAUCGAAUAGCCAAGGAACAAUUGUUGACACUGGAACAACUUUGGCGUACCUUGUGGCAGAAGCUUAUGAUCCUUUUGUUAGUGCUGUGAAUGUCAUUGUUUCGCCAUCUGUUACACCUAUAAUAUCUAAAGGAAAUCAGUGUUAUCUUGUCUCAACCAGUGUAUCUCAGAUGUUUCCCCUGGCCAGUUUUAACUUUGCUGGGGGUGCAUCGAUGGUGUUAAAACCUGAAGACUACCUUAUACCUUUUGGUCCCAGUCAGGGUGGUUCUGCGAUGUGGUGCAUUGGUUUUCAGAAAGUUCAAGGAGUCACUAUCUUAGGAGAUCUUGUUCUGAAAGAUAAGAUUUUUGUAUAUGAUUUAGUACGACAACGGAUUGGUUGGGCUAACUAUGACUGCUCCUUAUCUGUAAAUGUUUCUGUAACUUCUAGUAAGGACUUCAUCAGUGCUGGACAGCUGAGUGUGAGUAGCUCAUCAAGGGACAUCAUGCUCUUUGAACUGCUGCCUCUGACCGUUAUGGUUCUCACAAUGCACCUAUUAUUGUUGAAGUUCAAGUUUUUGUGAUCUAAACUCAAAUUUAAGUUAAUAUAAUUAUGCUUAUGUGA